CAUCUAUUGAUCUUCAAACUGACUGUGUUGCUGAUGUUAGUAAUGGUCGUCACCAAAAUGCUGUGAGUACUCGACAUAGCGCCGGGCCGGAAUAUUUCUUUAAAUACAAUAGUUUUCAAUAGUCAUUCAAGCAUUUCAACCUUCCGCAAUGGAGAGUGGGCCCGAAAACAGCGAUUCGUUUUUCAUUGAGGGACCCUCUAACACUGGCCCUAAUGCAAGUGAUGAGAAUUUUGCUGAUGAUGGCGACUUUGGACCACCCAUGUCUUAUCAACAGCAGCAUUAUGGUGGGCCCAGAGGUCCACCAGGAAUGGGGCCUAGAGGCCCAAUGGGCAUGAGACCUAUGAGACCAUUUGGUGGAGGUGGGCCAAUGGGACCACGUCCACCAUUCAUGCAAAGAGGACCACCAGGAGGACAUGGAGGAUUUCAUGGUCCACCUCGCCCACCUGGUCCACCAGGUCAGCGUUUCCAGGGUCCUCCCCCUAGAGGCAUGGGUCCAAUGGGUGGACCGAGAGGGCCCCCUCCAAAUUUGAUGCAAGGUUAUGGUGAUUUUCCACGACAAAUGAGACCCCAUUUUUCUCAAGAACAGAAUGGUGGGCGUGGUGGGGAUUCUUUGGACAGUGGUGGUGGUUGGGACAUGCAGGGACCACCAAACCAGCCUAAUGGGGGUGGUAUGGGUUAUAUGGGUGGCCCACCUCAGCAAGGGCCACCUCCAAAUUAUGGUAAUGUACCACCAUCGCAUAACCAACAUUAUGGAAAUAUACCUCCUCAGCAACCACCUCCGCACGCAUAUGGAAAUGGUGGUCCUCCUGGCUACGGGUCUGGGAUGCCUCCCGCUCCUGGUGGAUAUCAGCAACCUCCGCAGUCUCAGCAACAAUCUCAUCCAGCCCAAACUGCCGAAAUCGAUGUAUCAACUGAUGAAGUCUGGGUCGAAACAAAAGCGGGGGAUGGAAAGUCGUACUUUUAUCAUGCCAAAUCAAGAGAAACAACCUGGACAAAACCUGAAGGUCCCAACAUCAAAGUCUUGACCCAACAGCAGGUGGAAGCAAUGGCACAGCAAUCAGCAGUAUUGAAACCGCCUGAAAAUGGAAUGGUGAUGUCAACUGGACCACCUCAAGGCGGUGGCUAUGGUUCUGCACCUCAACAACCAUUCUAUCCAGCGCAUCAAGGUUGGAACAUGGGCGGCGCAGUAGCUCCAACACCUGCCCCUGCAUUAUCGGCUGGACCUGUCCCAUACCCCGUUAUGUUAGGAUCUGAUCCUGGAACUGAUCCCGUCCUAUUGUCACAAGCAAUGGAAUGGUGUGAAUAUCGUUCUCCCGAUGGCAAACCUUAUUACUUCAACGUUAAGUCAUCCUCUAGUGUUUGGGAGAAACCACAGGCAUUGCGAGAUUACGAAGUUGCACGCCUUGCAGCGGCUGCUCGUGUUCACGCUGGAGUACCUCCGUCUAUCCCAGUUAUCCCCAUUCAGCCAACAAUGCCCGAGAUAGCAAAAAAAGAAGAGCCCAAAGUGACUGAGACCGAAAAGCCAGAACCAGUCAAAGAAACAAAAGACAAAGAGGAAAUUAAGGCACCAAAAGACAAAACUAGACCUGUCUCUAGUACUCCUGUGCCUGGAACUCCUUGGUGCGUUGUAUGGACCGGUGAUGGAAGAGUAUUCUUUUUCAACCCAAGUACACGUUCUUCUGUCUGGGAAAAACCUGAAGAUCUGAAAAACCGACCGGACGUCGAUAAACUAAUCGCCAACAUCCCCGAUGAAAGUCCUCAGCAAGUUGAUAAAAAAGAGGAAGCAAAAGAAAUCAAACCAGAAAAAAAGAAGAAAAGUGACAGCAGUGUAGAUGAGCCACCAGUAAAAAAAUCCAAAUCCAGUGAUGAUGUCAUUGAAGAAAUUAGAAUAGAUGAACCUACCAAAGAUACUGCAAUGGAAGCAGAAGUAAAAGCUGCUCAGCAAAGAGCCGUCAUUCCCCUCGAAGACCGAAUUCAGCAAUUUAAAGCCAUGUUGGCUGAGAAAGAGGUGUCGGCUUUCUCUACAUGGGAAAAAGAACUACACAAAAUUGUGUUUGAUUCACGAUAUUUAUUGCUGACAUCCAAAGAAAGAAAAGACGUCUACGAGGAUUUCGUUCGGGAGAGGGUGGAAGAGGAGCGCCGCGAAAAAAGAAACCGAAUGAAAGAGAAAAAGGACGAUUUCCGUCGGUUGAUGGAAGAUGCCAAACUGAAUGGAAAAUCGACUUUCUCUGAUUUCAGCCAUCGAUACAGCAAGGAUGAGCGAUUCCGUGGCGUGGAGAAGACGAGGGAACGCGAGUCACUCUUCAAUGAAUUUAUCGUCGAGGUCCGACGUAAGGAGAAAGAUGAACGGGAUGCCAACCGCGAAAAGGCCAGAAAAGAGUUCGUAUCCUUCUUGCGUGAACAACUGGGCGACCAGCCGUCUGAGCGGUAUUCACGCUGGACCGAGGUGAAACGCAAACUGGAAGACACCAAAGAUAGUCGUCUACGUAAUGUCGACAGCAGUUUGAGAGAGGACUACUAUAGGGAAUGGAUUCGUGCGGUCCGCGAAAAGAUGGAGAAGAAGGAAAAGGAAAGAGAAAAGAACAAGGAAUCCAAAAGCAGUAAAAGGGAUAAAGAUCGUGAAGACCGAGUGAAAGAAAGAAAAGAUAGCGAUCGAAGCCGGGAUCGUAAAGACAAAGAUAAGGACAAGGAUCGAUCGAAAGACAAGGACCGGAAAGAAAAAGAUCGUCGCAAAGACAAAAAUAAGAGUAAAGAUGGUGAAAAAUCUAAAGACAAGUCAAAGAAUAAAGAGAAAGAGAAAAGGCGCAAAGUCAAAUCCGACUCAGAAGAAGAAGAAGGGGAAACUCGCGAUGAUGUCGAGAUGGAAGAAAAUGGCGAUCACGAUAAAGCAGGUUCAUCUGACGAAGUUCACGCUAUAGAAGAAGAUGAUGACGUUGAUCGUGAUGUGGCAGAUCGCGAAGCAGAAGAGCAGGAAGACAGCGAAGCGGCUGCGGUAGCGGCAGCUGAAGAAGAGGAAGAAGAAGAACGAGAAAGACGAACGCGUGAGAAAAAGGCACGUGAAGAAGCUAGUCUACGUGAAAGAGAGAAAGAAGUCCAACGUGCUUUAGCCCCUCACUUGAGAGAUCGUGACAAGGAGCGUCUUGCUCAUCAGCAUGGAGAAGCUGUCUCACAAUUUACCGCGCUCCUCACCGACUUGAUUCGCAAUCCAGAUAUGUCAUGGAAAGAGGCAAAAAGAACUCUUCGGAAAGACUCGCGUUCUGAGGUGACUGAUAUCUUGUCAAAAGAAGAGAGGGAGAAAAUGUUUUCCGAGCACAUUGAGAAACUCACUUUCAAAAAGCGAGGGAAAUUUAGGGACAUGCUGGAAGAAAUCGGUGAAUUGACUCUGACCACAUCGUGGAAAAAAAUACGAAGCCUCAUCAAAGAUGAUGUUCGUUAUGCCAAAUUUUCAUCUUCGGACAGAAAAUGUGAAAAAGAAUUUAACGAAUUUAUGAAGGACAAAAUGGUAGCCGCCAAGGCCGAUUUUCGUGAGCUCUUGAAGGAGAGCAAAUUCAUCUCAUACAAGUCAAUGAAGAGUGUACGAGAAUCUGACCAAGCCCUGAAGGAUAUCGAGUCGACACUUCGCAAAGAUCGGCGUUACCUCCAGCUGGAAUGUGUCCGGCACGAACGACAAGACCUGCUAAUGGCCCACCUGGAAGAACUCGAACGUAAAGGACCACCCCCACCUCCGACUGCUACGGAACCCGUUCGAAGGGACAAGCAUUAGUUACGUAAGGCAUUAAAAGGGUAAAAUCAGAGAAACAAAGAGAGUGGAAACGAUUUCGAGAUUGUGGCAAUUUAUCAUUUUUUGAAUUUUAGUUGACGUUCACGUGCAUCUAACAGGUUACGUCUCUAUAUUUGUAGCUUCUAUUUAGCCAAUUCAGUGUGUUUCUCAAUUAUUUUUUCAUCCUUGACUUUAAAUUAAAGGGUUCGAUUUUUGAUGAAAAAGACGAAGCAAAGUAAUUUUCUUUUAAUUCUUUCAGAUUGAGUUUUUCUUUUCCCCUUUUUUUUUAGGAUGUCCUGACAUCCCUCACAUCAACGAUUAAUAAUAAUACACAAAACCAAAAUUUU